UUUGACCAACAUUUCUACCAUUGUUAUAGAUUCAACAGUUUCUCCGGAGCAAAGAAGGGAAGCGAACGAAACCAACAUUGUUGUGCUGAAUCCAAAGCUGGUUUCGCUCCUGCUGCUGCCUGUACCCAGUUGUGUAGCGUAAUUCCCAGAAGUUGUGCCUGUCUAAGCUCGCAGCAUCAAACCGAUGCCCCGGGAUCGGGCCGAUCUGAAUCACAGUCGCGACCCUUUCAUUUCCCGAGAGAUCAGGGGUUUAUCGGUGAAAAAUUACUGAGGGUUUUUUGUUUUCUGCGUCAGAUCCAUAGUUUAGCUCAAAGAAUUGGGUGAGGGAUUUGAGCAGAAUGCUACGGCUGCGCGCUUUUCGCCCGACGAAUGAUAAGAUAGUGAAGAUUCAAUUGCACCCUACGCACCCUUGGCUCGUCACAUCUGAUGCAUCAGAUCAUGUCUCCGUUUGGAAUUGGGAGCACCGUCAGGUGGUGUACGAGUUGAAAGCUGGUGGUGUUGAUGAGAGGCGUUUGGUUGGUGUUAAAUUGGAGAAGCUAGCAGAGGGCGAUACAGAGCUUAUUAGAGGAAAACCCACAGAAGCCAUUCGAGGGGGGAGUGUUAAACAGGUUAGUUUUUAUGAUGAUGAUGUGCACUAUUGGCAACUCUGGAAGAAUCGAGCAGCUGCUGCUGAAGCUCCAACAGCUGUCAGCAAUAUCACUUCAUCAUUCAAUUCUCCAGCCCCUUCAACAAAAGGACGCCAUUUUCUUGUUAUAUGUUGUGAGAACAAAGCUAUUUUCCUCGAUCUUGUGACGAUGCGUGGCCGAGAUGUCCCAAAGCAAGAUUUGGACAAUAGAUCUCUUCUAUGCAUGGAGUUCCUGUGUAGAUCAUCUGCUAAUGAUGGGCCUCUUGUGGCAUUUGGUGGAUCUGAUGGUGUAAUUAGAGUUCUCUCAAUGCUAACAUGGAAGCUUGCUAGAAGAUAUACUGGAGGUCACAAAGGAUCAAUUUCUUGUUUGAUGACUUUCAUGGCUUCUACUGGCGAGGCCCUUUUGGUUUCUGGUGGUAGUGAUGGUUUGCUUGUGCUAUGGAAUGCUGACUACGGUCAAGAUUCAAGAGAACUUGUUCCUAAGUUGAGCUUAAAAGCACAUGAUGGAGGGGUUGUUGCUGUUGAGCUUUCCCGUGUAGUUGGUGCUGCACCACAACUGAUUACAAUUGGCGCAGACAAAACUUUAGCUAUAUGGGACACAAUAUCAUUCAAGGAACUACGACGGAUAAAGCCUGUUUCAAAACUGGCCUGUCAUAGUGUGGCCUCUUGGUGCCAUCCUCGAGCACCAAAUCUUGAUAUCUUGACAUGCGUUAAAGAUUCCCAUAUCUGGGCAAUUGAGCAUCCAACAUAUUCAGCUCUAACAAGGCCAUUGUGUGAACUGUCAUCUUUAGUCCCGCCCCAAUUGCUUGCUUCUCACAAGAAGCUACGGGUGUAUUCCAUGGUUGCGCAUCCUUUACAACCUCACCUUGUUGCUACUGGGACCAACAUGGGUGUCCUUGUUUGUGAAUUUGAUAUGAAAUCACUACCACCAGUUGCUCUUUUGCCAACGGUAGCAGGAAGCAGAGAGCAUUCUGCUGUUUAUGUUGUUGAAAGGGAACUGAAACUUCUACAGUUUCAAUUGUCUAACACUGGAAAUGCAGCUCUUGGAAAUAAUGGCACCUUGAAUGAAAUGGGAAGAGUCAGAGGAGAGACGCUUGAACAGCUCCAUGUAAAGCAAGUCAAAAAGCAUAUUAGUAUGCCUGUACCCCACGAUUCAUAUUCGGUGCUUUCUGUGAGCAGUUCAGGAAAGUUUCUUGCCAUUGUGUGGCCUGACAUCCCUUACUUUUCAGUUUAUAAGGUCAGUGAUUGGUCGAUUGUCGAUUCAGGUAGUGCAAGGCUAUUGGCUUGGGACACAUGUAGAGACAGGUUUGCCUUGUUGGAGUCUUUGCCACCAUUCAAAAUGCCAAUAAUUCCUAAAGGCAGCUCAUCAAGGAAAGCAAAGGAAGCUGCAGCUGCAGCCGCCCAAGCUGCGGCAGCAGCAGCCUCUGCAGCAUCAUCUGCUGGUGUUCAAGUUCGGAUAUUGCUGGAUGAUGGCACAUCAAACAUAUUGAUGAGAUCUGUGGGUAACCGCAGUGAACCAGUUGUUGGUUUGCAUGGGGGAGCCCUACUUGGCGUAGCUUACCGUACAUCCCGAAGAAUAAGCCCUGGUGCUGCUACAGCUAUUUCUACAAUUCAGUCUAUGCCCUUAUCAGGAUUUGGGGGUACUUCAACUUCUUCUUUCAGCACCAUGGAUGAUGCAUAUUCUUCACAGAAAUCUUCUUCUGAAGCAGCACCACCAAAUUUCCAAUUAUACAGCUGGGAAAGUUUUCAACCUGUUGGGGGUCUUCUUCCUCAACCUGAAUGGACGGCAUGGGACCAAACUGUUGAAUAUUGUGCUUUUGCUUAUCAGCAAUACAUCGUUAUAUCUUCAUUGCGUCCUCAGUUUCGCUACUUAGGAGAUGUCGCAAUACCUUAUGCAACUGGAGGUGUUUGGCAACGAAGGCAAUUAUUUGUUGCUACCCCAACCACAAUUGAGUGUGUCUAUGUGGAUGCUGGCAUCACUCCUGUCGAUAUUGAAACAAAGAAGAAGAAAGAAGAGGUAAAACUCAUGGAAGCUCAAUCAAGAGCUGUUUCCGAACAUGGAGAAUUGGCAUUAAUAACUGUUGAUAGUCAGCAAUCAGUUGUGCAAGAGAGGGUAUCAUUGCGGCCACCGAUGCUUCAGGUUGUCAGAUUAGCUUCCUUUCAGCAUGCUCCCUCCAUACCUCCAUUCAUAACAUUGCCUAGACAGUCUAAAGUAGAUGGUAAUGAUUCGGCAAUUCUCAAAGAGUUUGAAGAAAGGAGAACUAACGAGGUAGCUGUGGGUGGUGGUGGGGUUGCUGUUGCCGUCACCAGAUUUCCAGCAGAGCAAAAACGACCAGUGGGACCUCUUGUUAUUGCUGGUGUAAGAGAUGGUGUUCUCUGGCUGAUUGACAGGUACAUGUCGGCGCAUGCAAUAUCACUUGGCCAUCCUGGUAUUCGCUGUCGAUGUCUCGCUGCCUAUGGAGAUGCUGUCAGUGCAGUAAAAUGGGCUAGCAGGCUAGGCCGAGAACAUCAUGAUGAUCUAGCACAAUUUAUGAUGGGAAUGGGUUAUGCCAAUGAGGCACUUCACUUGCCUGGUAUAUCUAAGAGGUUGGAAUUCGAUCUGGCAAUGCAGAGCAGCGAUCUAAAAAGAGCUCUUCAGUGCCUUCUAACAAUGAGCAACAGCCGGGAUAUCGGACAAGAGGCUCUUGGAUUGAAUCUGAAUGACAUUAUGAAUUUGUCAUCAAAGAAGGAAAACGUUGUCGAUGCUGUUCAAGGGGUAGUUAAGUUUGCCAAGGAGUUCCUUGAACUUAUUGAUGCUGCAGAUGCUACUGGGCAAACUGACACGGCCCGUGAAGCUCUUAAAAGAGUAGCUGCUGCAGGCUCCGUAAAAGGUGCCCUGCAAGGUCAUGAAUUAAGAGGGCUUGCCUUACGACUAGCAAAUCAUGGGGAGUUGACACGACUUGGCAAUUUGGUGAGCAAUUUGAUAUCUGUGGGGUCUGGAAGAGAAGCUGCAUUUGCAGCUGCCCUUUUGGGAGACAAUGUGCUGAUGGAGAAGGCCUGGCAGGAGACGGGAAUGCUUGCAGAGGCUGUACUUCAUGCUCAUGCCCAAGGUCGACCAACGUUGAGGAGCUUAGUUCAGGCAUGGAAUAAGAUGCUGCAGAAAGAGCUUGAGCAUGCACCCUCCAUCAAAAUGGAUGCCGCAGCUGCGUUUCUGGCAUCUCUCGAAGAAUCUAAGAUCACCAGCUUGCAAGAUGCCGCUAAAAAGCCUCCCAUUGAAAUUCUUCCACCUGGAAUGUCGUCUUUGUACGGUCCUAAUCCCGGUCAAAUUGGUAUGAAAAAGCCCACGGCUGCCCUCCCGAGUUCACAGCAGAAACCAUUGCAAUUGGAAGGACCUGAUGCAAAACCCCAGAGCAUUUCAUCCUCUGCUUCAGAGUCGAGUGCUCUUCCCCCAUCUGAGUCGGGUGCUCCACAGAACUCCGACACGGUGGCUCCAUCUGCAACUGCUACACCAGUGGAAACUGCCACAGUUUCUGAGCCUGUUGCUUCAUUGCAGCCCGAAUCAGAUUCUUCUGCCCCUCCGGUCGGCGAGUCUGGAAACCAGGCUCCGGAAUCGAGCAAUGUUCCUGUAGAAGAAUCUGAGGUACCCAAGUCAUCAUCCCCAGCUGCUUCAGAGCCUAUUGGAACUGAAGAAGCUGUCCCCCCAACGGUGAAUAAUGCAUCGACUAUGUCUGUGGGUGCCCAACAGCCGCUGAAUAGCCAAGGGUCAGGAGGAGUCCGUGCUGAGCUCCCAAUGAUCGACUUCACCUAAGGAAAAUCGAUGCAGGUUAGUUGACUAUAUAUUUUUCGGUUUCUAUAGGGAUUUGAUGUGGCGGCGCCAUGUGAAUGAGAAAUAUAUAUACCAUUGUUGAACCAAAGCUUAAAAACAACCGGCGCAGCACCACGGCGACAUUCAUGUGAUAUUGAUGUGUUCCAUUAGCUAGCCUGCCUGCCUGCCUGCUUGCCCGGCAGCAUUUCUUGUGAUAUGAACUGAUGUGCGAGCUACUGUUGUCCGACUUUUAUGUUCUUGAGAUGAUUUGUAAAUCGAGAUUCUAAUAGUGUUGUUUGAUGAUAUCGAUAUCUUUUUGAUCCCA